AUGGACGAUCCAUCAGAUUCCGCACCUUGUUCAUCUCUAGCCGUCGAUUACGUCUUACGCACGAGCUACGCUGGAGCUAUUUGGGGGUUUUGCCAUGGCCCAUUUGAUGCUAAAAGUCUCGGUCUAUCUGGCAGUGCUCGAGCCACACACACUGCUAAGUUAAUGGGGAAGUAUGGCUUUUCAUGUGGAUUAUUUGCUGCGUUAUUUGCUUUCACUAAUUGUGGAGUACAAAGGUAUCGGCAGCGGAAAGACUGGGUGAAUACCUUGGCAGCUGGUGUUGUUGCUGGUGCUGCAUUUGGUGCCGGAACCCGAGAUUGGAAGCAAGUUGCUGAGAACUUCAGGUCGCCGCAGCCCUCCUCGCCGUUAGAUAAAAACCUAAUCGUCGCCGGAGCCUCGCAUCGAAAUCCUUAUCGGUAA